GUGCAGUUUUGGUAUUACUUGUCUCAGCAUUCACAUCUCUCAGUUUUUACAAGAACGUCACUGGAUGGACAUUUGCAAAAGCAAGGGGAUCUAAUCGGAGUCUCUGAAUCACAGUGGAGACAAGCAAAAAUCGAUCUCUAUGCAAAGGCUGGAGAAUCUACUCUGCCAUUUCAGAAAAUUUCCGAAUGUGACUUUGAAGCAAAUAGCUGUGGUUGGUUUGAAGCAAUUAGUGGUGACCACUUUGACUGGAUAUGGAGCUCUAGAAGCAGCCUUUCUGCUGAUUUUGAGCAACAGGCCCCAUCUCGUGAUCAUACUCACAACACAGCUCAAGGGCAUUUUAUGUUCAUCCUGAAGAAAAGCAGCAGCUUGUCACAAGUUGCUAAGCUCCAGAGCCCAACUUUCAGUCAGACAGGACCUGGAUGUAUCCUUUCUUUCUGGUUUUAUAACUAUGGCCUCUCCGUGGGAGCCGCGGUGCUGCAGCUCCAUGGGGGAAACUCCACAGGCGCCACCGUGCUCUGGAGAGUAUUAUAUAACCAGGGCAACCGGUGGUCCCAGGCUACCAUCCAGCUUGGGCGCCUCACUCAGCCCUUCCAUCUGUCACUAGAAAAAGUCAGUCUGGGCAUAUAUGAUGGGGUGUCCGCUAUUGAUGACAUCCACUUUGAAAACUGUACCCUUCCCCUCCCUGUGGAGAGCUGCAAAGGGCCACAUCAUUUCUGGUGUCGACACACCAAGGCUUGCAUAGAGAAGCUUCGGUUAUGUGACCUGGUAGAUGACUGUGGUGACCUCACUGAUGAGGUUGACUGUGCACCUGGACUACAAUGCAACUUUGAAAAUGGAAUUUGUAACUGGGAACAGGAUACAGAAGAUGAUUUCGACUGGACCAGGAACCAGGGUCCAACUUCAACACUUAAUACAGGGCCAAUGAAGGAUAACACUUUGGGCACAGCUAAGGGACACUAUCUCUACAUAGAAUCUUCGGAGCCACAGGUUUUCCAAAACACAGCAGCGUUGCUUAGCCCAAUCCUCAAUGCCACUGACAUGGAGGGCUGCACCUUCCGCUUCUAUUACCACAUGUUCGGAAAGCACAUAUACAGGCUGGCCAUCUACCAGCGAAUCUGGAGUAACACAAGAGGGCAGCUGCUGUGGCAGAUAUUUGGGAAUCAAGGCAACAGAUGGAUAAGGAAACACCUGGCCAUUUCCAGCAGGCAGCCUUUUCAGGUAUGGAUAAUGGGUUUCUUAAUGUGUAAUUUGCCGGUGGACCUUCCAACUCCUCCUGAAACUUCAGUUCCGGUAACAUUACCUCCACACAACUGUACAGACAAUGAAUUUGUCUGCAGGUCCAGUGGUCAUUGUGUUGAAAAAAUCCAGAAAUGUGAUUUUAGAUAUGACUGCCCUGAUAAAUCAGAUGAAUCAUCUUGUGCUAUGGAAGUUUGCAGCUUUGAAAAAGGAAACCUGUGUGAAUGGUACCAGCCAAUCCCAGAACAUUUAAUUCAAGAUUCAAACACAUUCAGGUGGGGACUCGGUAAUGGAACCAGUAUUCACCAUGGGGAAGAAAACCACAGGCCAUCGGUGGAUCACACAAAAAAUUCUGCAGAUGGCUGGUAUUUGUAUGCUGAUAGCUCAAAUGGAAAAUUUGGUGACAUUGCUGAUGUCCUCACCCCUGUUAUCUCACGUACGGGACCAAGCUGUACCCUUGUGUUCUGGACUCAUAUGAAUGGCGCCACAGUUGGUUCUCUACAGGUACUCAGCAAGAAAGACAAUGUUACUUCUAAAUUGUGGGCUCAAAGUGGACAGCAAGGCGCACAGUGGAAAAAAGUAGAAGUAUUUUUGGGCAUUCAUUCACAUAUGCAGAUUGUCUUUAGGGCAAGACGUGGGGUCAGUUACAUAGGUGAUGUAGCAGUGGAUGACAUUUUCUUCCAAGACUGUUCUCCCCUACUCAGCCCAGACAGAAAGUGUACUGCUCAAGAAUUCACAUGCGCCAACAAGCACUGCAUUGCCCAGGACAAGCUGUGCGAUUUUGUGAAUGAUUGCGCUGAUGGUUCAGAUGAGAUGGCCUUCAUCUGCAGUACCGCCAGGGGGCGCUGCGAUUUUGAAUUCGAUCUGUGUUCCUGGGAGCAGGAGCAGGACGAUGACUUUGACUGGAAUCUGAAAGCCAGCAGCACGCCUGUUGCCGGCACAGAGCCAGCUGCUGAUCACACCUUGCGAAAUUCGUCUGGUCAUUACAUCUUCAUAAAGAGCUUGUUCCCUCAGCAGCCCAUCAGAGCAGCCAGAAUUUCAAGCCCCGCCAUAAGUAGAAGAAGCAAAAACUGCAAGAUAAUUUUUCAUUAUCACAUGUAUGGAAAUGGCAUUGGGGCACUCACCUUGAUCCAGGUGUCAGUCUCAAACCGAACGAAGGUCCUCCUUAACCUCACUGUAGAACAAGGCAAUUUCUGGCAGCGGAAAGAGCUGUUUCUGUCUGGCGAUGAGGACUUCCAACUCAAAUUUGAAGGUAGAGUUGGGAAAGGACACCGGGGUGAUAUUGCACUGGAUGACAUUGUGCUUACGAAGAGUUGUCUGUCACCCCAUCACUCCACGAAAGAAGAACUGGCAGAGCCUCUUCCAACAGGUACAUUUCAAUUUGUAUUUGGUGUUUUUACAGGGUGGACGGUGUGA